AUGGCUCAACAAGCGAAGCAAGCAGCUCAGAAAUUGGGCGGAAUGUUCCCUAAGGGUGCUGGUAAGGGUGCUGGUUCUGCCGCCGGUGCUCUUAUCGUUUUGGGUGCUUUGGGUUACGGAGUCAACGCAUCUCUCUUUAACGUGGAUGGUGGUCACAGAGCUAUCAAGUACACUCGUUUAUUUGGUGUCCAAAACACCGUCUACAAUGAAGGUACUCACAUCAUGAUUCCCUGGUUCGAGACCCCUAUUAUCUACGACGUCCGUGCCAAACCUCGCAACGUGGCUUCCUUGACCGGUACCAAGGAUUUGCAAAUGGUCAACAUCACUUGCCGUGUUCUUUCCAAGCCUCGUGUGGAUCAGCUCGCCACCGUUUACCGUACGCUCGGUCAGGACUACGACGAACGUAUUCUUCCUUCCAUUGUCAACGAAGUGUUGAAGUCGGUGGUGGCUCAAUUCACUGCUUCUCAGCUUAUCACUCAGCGUGAGCGUGUGUCCCGUCUCGUCCGUGACAACCUUGUCCGUCGUGCUUUGCGCUUCAACAUUAUCCUUGACGAUGUUUCUAUCACUCACGUCGGUUUCUCUCCCGUUUUCGAAACUGCGGUUGAAGCCAAGCAGAUCGCACAGCAGGAUGCUCAGCGUGCUGCUUUCGUUGUCGAUAAGGCUCGUCAGGAGAAGCAGUCCGUCAUUGUCAAGGCUCAGGGUGAAGCCAAAUCCGCUGAAUUGAUUGGUGAGGCUAUCAAGAACAAGCCUGGUUUCUUGGCCCUUAAGCGUAUCGAAGCUGCUCGUGAAAUCGCUACUGUUAUCUCGCGAUCAGGCAACAGAGUCAUGCUCGACUCUGAUACUUUGUUGUUGAACGUCAAUGCCAAGAGCGGCAAUGUAGAAAAGGAGUAG